GCUGAACUCAGUGUCUAAAUAAAUUUUAUUGAAGCGCAAAUCUUAUUAAAGUAAUCAAUCUAUUAUAAAUACUUAGUUUUAAAUAUAAUUAGUUUUUAAAAAAAAAUUAUUGUUCGAGUUAAUCUUUAUUGUUAUGUAUUUCUUCAUUUAAACGUCGAAUUGUUUGAAGUUUUAAAACGAAUUAUAAAGUUGGCAAUAUGGUGUAAACCUAAGUGACUAAUUUCAGAACUGUUAUUAUUGUUAUACCGACACAGUCCUGAGUCUUUGUCCCCUGGUAGGAGAAUAUAUACGUAGUAUAAGUUGGAUUUAGGAAGGGAAGUGUUUUGUAUUUAAUACGUUGGUGAAUGUUUAAAUGCAAAAUGACAUCUGUGGAUUCAGGAAUUGAAACAAGUAACAAUUCAGACGAUAGUUCGAUCGCUCAAAGUGAAGAUACGACAAUAGAAGAAAUUAGUAAUGCCAGAUCAGCUCCUGCAAUAAUAACCUGCAAUAAUAAUCAGAAUGAUAUGCAAGUAAUUGAACAGGCUAUUAUUCACGCUAAAUAUAAUCCAGAUUUGGCUUUUUGCUUAUCAGGUAUACACGAUAUUAUUCAAGAUUCUUUAUCAGCAAGUAGUUCAAUACCAUGUAUUAGUGUACCACCUAAUGUUUCUGAGAUUAAGCUUCCUAACAAGUAUAAUUCUAUCCAUUCACCAACAGCUAGAACACUUUUAGUAGAUAGAUAUGUUUAUUGUAGCAAAACUAAAUCUGUUAAUGAAAAACGUAGAAACCGUCACGUUCUUUCUAUGUUUGAUGCUCAUAGACGUAUUAUUGAACAUAGAAUGAGAAUUGCAGCAGCUACAAACAACACCAUGGUGAUGAGAUGUCUUUUAAAUUCUGGUGUUUCACCUAAUGCUUGUGAUAAACAAGGACGAACUCCUCUUCAUCUUGCCUCUUGCAGGGGUUAUACAGAAAUGGUUCGUUUGUUAUUGGAACAUGGUGCAGAUCCCAAUAUUCGUGAUUCUGUAGGUAAUACGCCAUUACAUUUAGCAGCCGUGACAAGCAAAAUAUCUGUAGUUACACUCCUUUUAAAUGCUGGAACGGAUCCCUUGUGCUUAGAUCAAUAUGGUUAUAAUCCAUUACACUUAGCACAAACAAAAUUAAAGUUAUUGCAAAACUGUAAAGGGAAGGAUAUGUUGAAGAUCAAAGAGGAAGUGCAAAGCAUAAUUAGUAUGUUGUUGGCAUAUUUACAAAAGUAUAAAGAUAAUCACAAAAAUAUGGAAACCUUGAGUAGUUUGUGUUCACGUUUAUCUUUAUCAAACACAUCGAAUCAAGUUCAGGAUGAUGUGAAAGAUUUGUUGGCUAAUUUAAAUGCUCUAUCUAUAACACAGUAAUCACUUAUUCACUUGACCAAACUAAUAGUUUUAUAAAUAAAUUUAUGUAAAACUAAAAAAGUGAUUAACAGUAUGCAUUAAAUUUAGUUUGCUUGAAAUGAGUUCAUUUUAAUCAAUUAAUUUACACACUGAAAUUUUUUUUUUCUAAUUUAUAUAAGUGCGCAAUAUAAUGGUAAAGUUUUGAUAUACAGCAGAACAGAGUAGAGCUAUAAUUUGGAAAGUUGUGCGAAUGUUAAUAAAGUAAAGUAUCGCGGAUUAAGAAGUAUGUAAUUAUUACAUUGGGUAGCUCUAUUUAUGUAUGCUUGUGGUAUUGUUGAUAUCUUUGACUCAUUGACGAUAAAAAGAAAUAUUUACAUUUCCUUAUAGUCAAACUAUAUUUCGCUCGCUUAUUAUUCUGAUUUGAUUCUGUAUGUUUCUAUGGGCCACAAAACAAAUCAAGUUUCAAUAAUUAGCUAUAAGUAUUUUAUGAAACACAUUUUAUAAAUUUCAUCUUGGCCUCCAAGUGUUAUACUUUGUGUGCUAUAUUUUCAUGUCUUUUUAAAUUACUAUUGUUUUGGAUUGUAUUGUAUUUACAAAACUUGAUGUGGAUUCCAUACAGUACAAAAAAAUAAAUCGUAGGAUAUAACAUCAUUAAAUCAAGUAUGUAUUUGAUACAAACCAUAAUCCUCAUAAAUUUCAUAUUCAUCAUAAAUUUUAAUUCAUUAUUAUAUAUUAUAUAUUAACUAUAUAUAUAUACUUACACUAAUAUGAAAGUUUGUAUUUUCCUUUCCUUUACUCAACUAGUUGGUUUAAAUAAUAAUUGCUAAAUAACUGUAGGGUUAUUAAUUUAAGAAAUUAAUAUGAUUUGAUUUUGAUAAGUUGUUAUGCAUAUAACGUGCAAAUAGUUUUUCUUCAAAACGAUUAAAAAAUGAUGUGUUACAUUAACUUUUUUAAAUUUAUAAAGCUGCAAAUAGAGUGCAAAAAUGAAAGCUGAAAUUUAUACAAUUUAUAGAUAUUGAUAGAGUAAGGUUGCUUAUGUAAAUUUUAUCUCUAUAAAUUUUGAAAAAAGGAUUUUGCUUUAUUUUUUACAUAUUUAUUUUACAUAAUAUACAUAUUUACAUGUAUUAUUUUGUUCUUCAAUAAUUUCUUUUUAUAUUAAUAUUUUCUAUACAUAUCUUUGAGUUAUUAAAUAUUUCAUUGAUGUCCCCCUUUUUAGGUUUUCAAACAAUACAAAACAAAGAUAUAAAAGUAGGCUGCAAGAUAUAUUGUAGCAUAUACAUACUUUGUACUUUUAUUAUUUAUCUACUAUUUUAGGAUAUAUGAGAUUUUUUAAAUUUUAGACAAAUACAUAAACUAACAAAUAAAGUAUGGUUGUAAACAUAUAUCCUCAUUCACUUUCAUAAAAAAUUCCAAAUAGAAAGAAUCUUAAAGUGCAUUCCUAAUAAAUGUCUUCAAAAUAUUUUGAUUCUCAUAUGAAAUAUUGUGUGCUAUAACAGUGUAUCAAUUUUGUUAAAUAUUGUAGUUGUCGCAUUGUUGUAUAUAUUCUUUCACUCUGUUUGCAGCCUCAACACUAACUAUGAGAAUUAUAUAAAUGUGUGAACAUAUGAACAAAUUAUGUCAAAUUCAAGUUGUCAGCAUUUACCUUGUAAAUCUAUAUCUUUUACAUUGAUAUUUUCAACUGAAAAAAGAGUGAAAUAUUUAAUCUUUAACAUUGAACAUAGUUAAGGUUUUGUAUAACUUCUUGCAAAUUAUUCAUUUACAUAAUAUUGCAUGAUAUUAACUAAAUGAAAUUCUGUUUGAAUCUUACAGUACUUUUUAUUCUUAUACAAUAUUAAGAUGAUAGUGAAAAUUGGUGUAAUUUUUCAAGUAUAAUGAAUUAGAGUGAUUUUUCUAGUGUAUUAUUGAAAGCUAAGUUCUAUAUAUAUAUCAUGAUACGAGUUUUGAUAUGACGGAAAUACAAUUUAUGGUCGCGAUACUUUUGUAAGACUAGAACUGACAAUCGUGAAGGUUCGUGUUUUGUGUUCUCCAUCUAUAUAUAAACUUAUAAGCAACUUAUGUGUAAGUUUAUAAUUUAUAUAACUGUAAAUAAGUGAUUUCCCUGUUAGCAAUACUUACGGUAGAUCUAUAAAUAAAAAAAAAAUACCUUGUUUCAUACGAAUUUAUGUUAUACUCUAAUUUUCCCUGUGUAUAAGCUACUUCAAUCAAGUGUAUUAAAGAAAACUGUGAGUUUUCCUCAUAUUCUGAUAUAUAUCAGUUCCUUUUCGUUCAUUUUUUCUGGUUAUGUCGUAGCUGUAUGCAAAUAAAAAUAUGUAUAACAUUGGAAAAAUUAUAGUUGUAUCAGAUUGAAAGAAGCUUGGUUUGAUUAACCAGAUUGAAAGAAAUUUUGUGGUGAUUUUCCUUGUAUCAAUAUCGAAAUAAAUAAGUAAUAAACUAG